AUGGAUUCCUUGUUAGAGGACGCUGGAAUCCAAGCACUUCUUCUGCCGAAGCUCGCAGAGACUGAUGAUGUCGUUAAACGCCUGGUCCUGGAACUUGGCUUUGGCAAACUGUUCACGGAUCACAUGCUCAAGAUCUACUAUCACAAGAGCUUGGGCGGUUGGCAGAAACCAGAGAUUACGCCCCUCGAGAACCUGGUCAUGCAUCCGGCUGCCAAAGUGCUUCACUAUGCCGUCGAGCUGUUUGAGGGCAUGAAAGCUUAUCGCGGUGUCGAUGGCAUAAUCCGCAUCUUCCGCCAAAUGGAGGCCGCUGCUCGUGGCCUGCAACAGGUGCUCUGGCUUUAUGGCGAGGAUCACCAGCUCACCGAAGUGGGCACCAUGAACAUAUUCAUGUUCUACGUCAACGAUCAAGGAGAACAAGAACUGAUUACACCACCGCUGAAUGGUCUCAUUCUUCCGGGCAUCACUCGCGACUCCAUUCUGGACAUGACUCGCCAGUGGGGCAAAUUCAAGGUACGCGAAGCCACCUUCACCAUGCCCAUGGUCUCCGAGCUGCUCAACCAAGGACGCUUAUUGGAGCUGUUCGGCACUGGCACCGCCUGUGUGGUUAGUCCCAUCAAUCGCAUCAACUAUUUGGGCCAGGAUCUGUAUAUUCCCACCAUGGAGCAGGAGAAGCCGGUGCAUGAACUGAUUCGCGAAACGUUGACCGACAUUCAGUACGGCAAAGUGGAUCAUCCCUGGUCGGUGGUCAUUGACUAAGCAUCCAACUUGUGCCGCACUUGUGUUAGUAGGUUAUAGUUUUUAGAGAAGAAAGGAAUUUUUGGAAGUCAGAAGAGAGGAGAGUUUCUGGGUUGAAAAAUGUGCUCGAAUUUUUUGUUUGUUGCGUUUAAUUGAAUGUUUGCACAACAUUCGAACUAUACGUAAAACACACAUAUACUAAAAGCUAUAUAUAUUUAUGUAUAGAGCUGCUUACCUAAUUAGCUAUAAGUUAAGGGCCGGGCUUUGCACCCAUGCUAUAUAGUUACUAUAUACAUUUACCUAUCUAUAUACGAUAUACGAUAUACGAUAUAUCAUAUAUCAAUCUAAUUUCUAUUUAUUUAUAUUCGAUGUUUAUUUUUUUUUAUUAUCACUUUUUUUACUGUUUCGUUUCGUUUUUGAUUUAUGAGAAAUUUUCUUAAUUCAAUUCAAAUCAGAUCAGAGACGUGGAUUUCAUAAAAUUUAUGAAUAACUUUUGCACGCUUUUACUUCCAAUUAGCAAAACGACAAAUAUUGAAAAAACAACAAAAUUUUUUUAAAGAAAACCUAAAAAUAAUUUAAUUGCUAACCAAAGUCUUAAGUUCAGGAACUGCCCAAGCAAGAGCAGAUCUAAAAAUCAAAAACAACAAAAAAAAAAAUUUAAAAACAAUAAAAGAAAAAUUACAAAAAAAACAACGCACACACAAAACAAAAAUAAUUUAGGAAA